AUGCACAAACAAAUAUACACGCACGGACAUACACAGAGAUUUUCAUGCAUACAAAUCGCUCUCUUGUUCGGAGUCAGAGUCACAUGCCAAUCUUACUAUAUCGAGAUACGAUAUCAGACUUGCACAUCUCCGCUUCAUUUGUCUGCUCGGUACAUCUCUUAUCUCGUUGCCUUGGAGACGCUCCGAGAUGAUGGACGAGACAUGAGGUGGCCGCCGACAAGCGACGACAAACAACAACUAAUCACCAACGAUCAUCGUGACGAUGACGUCAUCGACUACGUCAUAACGGCGACUACCAUUGGGACUUCCGAUGAAAUGGCCUGCAUAAAACUUUCAUAA